GCUCGGAGAUCUCUCGAGUGCCGUCAGUUUCGAAGUAGGGAGCCAUGGCUACAACAGCACAGUACAUCCCACGGAAUAGCUCUUUGCCUUCCAACCCGUUAAUGCACCCUGACUCGGACAGGAUGCACCAGGGAACGACGUACAGAGAGGUACAGAAAAUGAUGCACCACGAGUACUUGCAAGGACUUGCUAACAACAGUGGCCACCCAAUGAGCCUUACCCAUCACCAGUGGCUACCCACAACAAACAGUGACUGGACCAGUACAACCCACAUUGGACAACCAGACCACAACAAAAGCAGCGUGCAGGCAAGCAGGGAUGACCUGGACAACGGUUUCCAUCACAGAUCGCACCUGGUUCAUCAACAAACUCAGAACAACCACCACGGAGCAUGGGCACCCACUACAACCCAUCACCUGUCUCCCUUAUCGCCUGCCUCAAACGGCCACCAGUCGCUGGUCUAUUCCCAGUCGGGGUACACGAACCUAAAUGCCAUGCUGAGUCCCCAGCCUUCAUCCUUGCACCACAGCAUGAGGGACCCUCUCCAUGAAGACACAGGUAGCCAUGACAACCAGCUGGAGUCGCCCCAACAGCCUUUCAGCCACCAUCAGGACCACUCGGACGAAGACGCGCCCAGCUCAGAUGACCUAGAACAGUUUGCCAAACAGUUUAAGCAGCGUAGGAUCAAACUCGGUUUCACCCAAGCAGACGUCGGCUUAGCUCUCGGCACCCUUUAUGGCAACGUCUUUUCCCAAACCACCAUCUGCAGGUUUGAAGCUUUACAGCUGAGCUUCAAGAACAUGUGCAAACUUAAGCCUCUGUUGAACAAGUGGCUGGAAGAAACCGACUCGAACACCGGGAGCCCCACAAAUUUGGACAAGAUUGCGGCCCAGGGGAGGAAACGAAAGAAGAGGACCUCGAUUGAGGUCGGGGUAAAGGGGGCUCUGGAGAACCAUUUCUUAAAAUGCCCCAAACCUUCAGCUCACGAAAUCACCUCCCUAGCGGGAUCCCUUCAGUUGGAAAAAGAAGUGGUGAGAGUUUGGUUUUGCAAUAGAAGACAGAAAGAGAAAAGAAUGACCCCAAUCGGGGUCCCGCACCCUACUAUGGAGGAUGUAUAUUCACAAGCAGAAACCCCACCUCUGCACCACACAAUGCAGACCUCUGUACAGUGACUGUGAGUUCAGGAGCAAUCUAAAAAAAUAAAACACAACAUUUUAAAAAAAUGACAGGACUAUGGAUUUUACAAAAUAAAAAAAGGACAUAGACUGCAAAGUGAGUAUCGCCAGUGACCGAGGUAGAUUAUGAUUGUGUUGGUCGUUACGCGUACAAAAAAAAAAAAACAUUAAAGAUUAUGAAAGAAUCCACAUACUCUUACAUAAAACAAAAUACCUUUUUAUUAACCAAAAUGACCACUUAAUAGUCAAUUCGAUCGGCUUUUAAAGGGGGAACGAUUCAGUAGUGGUAUUUUCAACCUGUGCUUGUAAAGACUUAAGACGCACUUCAAAACGUAUGCGCUGUCCAUGCCCUUAGAUAUGUUUUAAGAAGACACACUUACAGCCAGUGUAAAUGUUUUUUUUUCCCUGUUCUUUAAACUUAAAUGUGGGGGUUGUAUCAAUUGCUGUGCUUUCUUUGGUUUCUAUUAUUUAAUUCAAGUGUUUCUAUUAAGCCGUCGUUCAGUCCAGGCUGUCAUUCAAACCUAUCGUAUAAGACAUGUUGGCGUGCAGUAUUUUUUUUUUAUUUUUUUGACUGCUGUAGUCCACUGCAAACAUGUUUGAAGCUAUUUGCUGGAGCAGGCUGAAACUGUGGAUACAUUCCAUGUGUUGGAGGAACGAUUUUAUAAUUUAAAAUGAUAUCACACCCUCUGGCAAUACCCCAACAAAGGAAGCCAGCAGCUGCCAGUCUUCGGAAAGUUGAAAAUGUGGACUGGCUGCAUACGACCUAAACAGAACAAACUAAAAAAAAGAAAAGAAAAUGAAAGAAGAAAUACACUUUUCCCUUAACAUAUUACAUUUUCAUUUGCAUCAAGCACUUAAACCUUUGUGAUUUUUUUUUUUUUUUUUUUUUUUUUUGUGUGUGUGAAUGUGUAUAAAUUCAGCUUUUACACUAAUAAUUUAAGAGUUGUUUAUGAAUCGCUGGCUGUUUGGCUACUAUACACCUAACUAUAAGGAAUAUAGAGGGGUACCAUAAAAAAAAUAAUAACAAAAAAAAACAAGCUUCUCAGGUAACUUUAAAGCCCAGGUCACAGUCUAACCCCACUAAAUAUACAAGAUUGGUGAUUUCUACCAAAAUCUAGAAAUAAUCAGUUCAAAUGUGUAUGAGGAAGAUUUCAAGAUAUACUGAUUUACCACAUGUAAUGAAGGGAGCCGUUUUUAAUGACAUAUAUUUAUUGUUUAUUUUUGUUUUGUUUUGUUUUGGGGUUUUUUUAAAAGAAAAACUAGUGGAUGGUUUCUGAACCCAUAUCGUGUGUGUUUAACUGUUUACAAUUUGGCUUAAGAAAGCGCAUAAAAAGCAUACGUAAAAAUGGACGAGAUGAGUUGUGGUAUCGGGUACAAUGCGUGAAAUGUUUAGCUUUUACAACGACAACAAAAAAAAUUACCAAUUCAGUUUCUUUACAAUAUGUAAAUAUGUCGAAUAUGUAAACAUAUGUAUUUGUUUUGAAUUUAUUGUUUUGUUUGUUUGUUUUUCUGGACAGUUUUGUACACUUACUAAUUCCAAGAAGAUAUUUUAAUAUUAUUUCCUUUAUGAAUUGGACUCUUUAUAUAUUUAUUGCCAUGAUGUGUUUGGAGCUUUUUUUUGUUUGUUUGUUUAGCUCUUUUAAUGACUAUGUUGCAGUGUUUUUUUUUAAUGAUUUAUUUACUACAUCUGUUAUAUGUUUGUUGCAAAAUGUAGACUGCGAAGUCACAUUUAUAUUUAUGUUAUAGUAAUAUUUUAUUACUUACAUAAAGCAUAUAUACAAGAACAA